UGGCCAGAGCCCGUCUACGGCAUUCUCUGAACACCCAUGCUUUCUCACUUCGGUCAAAACUGAGACUAGAAAGAAACUCCGGAGAGACAGGAACUUCACACAUGUGUAGGCCUACAGUCAUUCAAGAUAUCUGAUAGAGGAAGCGACCCCUGCCACAGACUUUCCAAAAACGUCACAUCCGGGAGGUAUAAGGAACAGAAGUCGGUCGCAGGCCUAUAAUAACUGUAGGUGGACCUAACAUUUCUAAAGGACGUUUCAACACAGCUUAAUAUACGAUUAUCUCGGAAUUUUACACGCUUAAAUAACAAGCACAACUGUGAAGAAACCUCUUCAAAUCUGUCGAACUAUGGCUGGAAACGACGGUGAGCUACAGACAGACGAAGCAAUGGACUGGUCCACAAUCAGUGCCCGUGUCAACUCGUUCCGCCACUUCCCCCGUGCUAAGGAAGUGUCUGCGGAGCGUUUGGCCAGGGCUGGCUUCUACUUCACCGGUGAGUCAGACCGUGUACGCUGCUUCAGCUGCCAGCAAACGGUGGAGAACUGGAGCAGUGCUGACACGCCCGUGAACCGUCACCUGCAGGCGUCGCCUGCCUGCAAAUUCCUCAGUUGCGUGCACCGCACUGGCAGCUUUGGCAUUGCCCCGCUGAGCAACGGCUCCGUGUACGAUGAGGCAGCCGAGGCCAUGGAGUUCAGCCUGCGCACCGGUGAGGUGGUGGAUGAGUCCACGUACCCCAUGGCGCCCCACAUGUGCGCAGAAGAUGCGCGCAUCAGAAGCUUCGGUACAUCGUGGCCUGCCUCUGCCCCGGUACGCUCUCGGCGGCUGGCCCAGGCCGGGCUGUACUAUCUCGGGGAGGCCGACCGGGUCCAGUGCUUCUGCUGUGGGGGCAUGCUGGCCGGCUGGGAGCCCGGGGAUGAACCCUGGAGCGAACACUCCCGCCACUUCCCCAACUGUUUCUUCAUCCUGGGCCAUGAUGUUGGCAAUGUCCCCUCCGCCCAGCCUCCAGAGAGUGAUGGCCCACGGGUCCAUAUGGAGUCCUAUGAGGAAAGGCUGGGGAGUUUUGCUGGCAGGCAGCAUCCUGUGGACCAUGAGAGGUUGGCCAGAGCAGGGUUCUACAGCUCAGGUGCGUCAGACCGUGUCACAUGUUUCCGGUGUGGGGGAGGUCUGAAAAACUGGCAACCAGAGGAAGAUCCAUGGGAGCAACAUGCCAAGUACUAUCCUGGGUGCAGUUUUCUGCUGUCAGAAAAGGGUCAUGAGUUUGUCAACAGCAUACAACUUCAAAACCCAAGCAAGAGCAAUCCGGCUUCAAGUCAUCACCAGAAUGGAUUUUCAAAGCAGGAGAAAGCAGCAAGCAUCAUGCAGUCUGAGAUUGCCCAGAGAGUUGUUGAGAUGGGUUUUGAUCCAGUCAAGGUAGAGAGGGCCAUUCUGGAGAAAAUACGUCGGUUUGGACAGGGCUACUCCAGCGUUGAGAAUCUUAUACAGGAUGUGCUCAGCAACUCGGCUGAAAAUGAUCCUGAGGGCUCCCAUGCAAAUGAUGAUGAGAAUCCUUUGGAGAAGCUGGAAAAGCUACAGAGAGAAAAACAAUGUAAAAUCUGCAUGGACAGUGACGCUUGCAUCGUAUUUGUACCCUGCGGACACUUGGCCACCUGCAAGAGGUGCUCAGAUUCCCUAGGCAAAUGUCCCAUUUGUUGUGCGAAUAUCAUACAAAAAAUUAAGACCUACAUCUCCUAAGUUUUAACAUUUAGAGGUUAAAAUUGAAGUGCUGCUUUGUAUUAUUUUAUAUAAAAUCCAUAAUUCCCCAGAGUGUGUAUAUAGAUUUUAUUUAAGUACUUUUGUAUAUGUAGGAAAGUCAAAUGUUGCAAGAUAACCUUUUUCUAUCCCAGGGUAAUGAUGUACAGAUGUAUGAUAUGCCUGUGUUUGAUUACACAGUAAAAGGUUGUUUUAUGAAAGAUAAAUACUUUUGUUUGUGAAACACAUCCGAAUUACGUUAUACUUUGGGUAAGCCACUUACACCCUCUAAAGUGUGACUUAUUCAUACUUGCCUUUCUCUAAUCAGUUUGAUGUUUUCGUUAUAUAAUAUAUUAUUAUUUGAUUAACCUGGGUCCACCUCUGCCACCUCUGGCAUCUACACAACUCUAAUAUCAUCUGCUUGAAAGCUAAAUCUUUGGAUAACCUGUUUCGACAUUCUUCCAAUGAAAGUGUGGCUUUAUGCACUUUACCAUCAUGUUUAAUAAAUUAUUGAAAUUUA